AUGGACGAGAAUGAGGGUGUGAGCCAGCCUGUUGUGGAUGAUGAGGUCAAAACGUGUACCUUGUGUUCGUGCCUUGAAUUGGUUAGUCUAUGUUCACACGAUGAGCCCCGUCGUUUGAUCAGUCAGACAAGUGAGCCUUCAGCUAUGAUAGAUGUUCGAUAUACCCUCUUCCACCAGCAAUGCGCUCAGUGCGAUGGUAUGCCCUAUGCUUCGCUCUGUGAAUUUUGCAAGCAUCUUAGGCUGUGGCACCACGCACAUGAAAGGAUGUUUGUCAAUUCCGUGUUUAGGCUAAACUUUGGGAGCGUUCAGGUCAUACUGCAGCGGUCUAGAGAUUGUGAACUUUGUCGCAUUAUUACCCAACUUAUGGGCCUUGGAGGACGCAACCUAGCUUUAGAUUGUUUCCUGGAAAUUAUUUACGGGGAUUCAUACAAGGAUCCUGACUUUUUCAUGAGAAUCUACAUCAAGGGCUACCCACGACUUCCAUAUCGCAUUCUUGGUGGGAACGUUAUUUCCCCCCAAGAGGGUAGUGAAAGUUCUACCAAACGAACACUAUUGCAGCAGCCUAUGGUGGACUGGAGCACAGUUCGCACCUGGUUGGGGAUGUGUGACAAAGAGCAUGACAGAAAGCUUGGAUUUCCGUGUGAUAAUGGACCUCUAGAAACACCGCCCCUUGAAUUUCGAGUUAUUGACACCGAAAGAGGAUGCGUAGUAAGGGCUCCUCCUGCCUGCAGAUAUGCUACCCUGAGCUACGUGUGGGGUAGCACUACCGACACAUAUGCAUUGGCAACAACAAACACAAUUCAAGCACUGGAAGAAGAAGGCUACCUCUUCAAAAUUCCUUUACCGGCCACCAUUAGGGACAGUAUCCGUGCAUGCAUUGAAUUGAAGAUACGGUACCUCUGGAUCGACAGACUGUGCAUUGUGCAAGAUGACAACAUCACCGUGAAAGACUCACAGAUUAAUGCCAUGGGUAAUAUCUACAGCCAUUCUUAUCUUACAUUAGUGGAUUUAGAAGGCCACAGUAUGGAUCACGGUCUUCCCGGGGUUACGCAAGCAAGAACAUUAGAAUAUCAGACACAUGGAAUGAAACUGGGCGUCCUAGAGAAUGGCAUCUCUACGCUUGUCAGUUAUGCAAAAUGGGGAACCCGGGGCUGGACGUUUCAGGAGGCACUGCUAUCGACAAGAGUGUUGUUGCUUGCAGAUACAGGGGUAUUAUUUGAGUGCUCACGGGCUUCUCAGGAAGUCACAAGCUCUGGAGGGUCGAGGUCACUAAAUUUAAUGUUCAAUUUAGCCCAGGAUUACAGGAGCCUAGUGAGUGACUUUACUUCUAGGACUCUUACUUUUGAUGCCGAUGUUCUUAAGGCAUUCUCUGGCAUUAUGCAUUGGAAAUAUGGGUCGGAGCAUUAUUUUGGCGUACCAUACUGUGAAUUUGUGAAGGGUAUGCUUUGGACUUCCGACACGGUCCAUAAAGACAAGGUACUAGUGGCGAGGAGUGCAGAAACGGGUGAUAUAUUUCCGACCUGGUCAUGGUCUUCUAUGGUGGGGCAUGCUCGGUUGAAUUCAGAGACAGAUAUCCAUACAUUACUGGGUGUGUGGGGCAUCCCAUCUUUCGAGACCAAGGAACUGGUGCACAUGAUUCGGCCUCAUAACUCAGAACUGUCAUGGGACAAGGCCGAGGACCGCUGCAUGGUUCGAGGACUUGGUAUUGUAUUGGCGUGGAAAGAAGGUUGCUUCCCAGAGCCAUCACCGCUCAUGCUGAAUGACAACACGACUUGGGAAGAUUAUAAGACCGUCAUCAGGUCCAGAUGGGCAUCAGUUGAUAAGCUUAACGAAGAAGCACUUGGGGUAGCAAACACUCGGGGAAAGGAAGAUUUCGAAAGGAUAUUUCCCUCAUCAUACGUGGAACAUGCCGAUCAGCCAGGAGCAUUGCUGGCACAUACACAGUCACUCCGUGCUCGGAUGGUCCAGCGGGGAGACACAAAGAACGACCCCAUUGCAUGGUCACCAUAUGUGCAUGCAAGUUUGCAUAGCCUGGGUGAUGACAAGGUUGACGUGUGGAUACGGUCUAACCCUGCCCAUUGGCAAUUCCUCGGCCAUGAUUACAGCAAGGAUCACGAUACCAAAAUGGAUGUGCUUGCUCUGUCGAUGAAUCAUGGAAAUUCCAGAUGUGAAUUUCCAGGUCGAGGCGAACAAAGUCAAUGGUAUGAUUCCGAGGGAAAUGGCCUCUUUGUACAUGACCAUGAGAUUUUUGCGGUCAACGUAUUGCUUGUCGAAACUCGAAAUGGACUCAGUCGACGAGUGGGUAUAGGUAAAGUUGAGCUUCAUGACUGGAUCGCUGCGUCACCCGGAUUUCGGAAUUUUACUCUGGUUUAGAAUGUUUGGAGAGGUAGACUUUCAGCGAAUGAGCU